UGUUUUAUUUCUUACAGAAAGUGAUAGAGAGAAUCCCACGCCUCCAAUCCCCAAUCACUUCUCAACUUUGCAGCUCCCCUUCUUCCCCUUCUUCAAUAAUAUUUUAUAUUAUAUAUCAUUCUUCCUUCUUCCUUCUUCCUCCUAAUAAUUAUUAUAACUACCCCAUAAAUCAAAAUCCCUCCAAUUUCUAUUCAUUUUAUUUUAUUUUAUUCAUUUUAUUUUAUUUUUAUUUUUUUUGAGUUUAUUGGCUAUGGCGGAGGGUUUUGAAAUUUACCAUGUCCCACAACAAAGCAGGAGAGACAAGCUAAGAGUUGGAAUUGGCAGUAGUAGUAGUAGUAAUUCAAAUCAUCAUCAUCAUAAUAAUUUCUUUCCUUUAUAUGAUGAUGAUCCCUCUUCUUUUAUUUCUUCUGAUUUUGAUUUUCAUCAAAACCCCUCUUUUCAAUUACUUCAUCAUAAUUACCCUCCGCCUCCCACCUCCGCCACCACCGUCCUCCACCACCUCCCUCCCCUCCUCUCCGACCAACAACAACCACCCUUAUCCCUUGACCUCAACCUCCAACACCGCUACGCCUAUCGUUCCACUUCCCUUUUAAAAGCCUCCAAAUUUUUCAACCCAGCUCAGCAGCUCCUUCAUGACUUAUUUGACAUCGCUGCCCCUAACUCCUCCGACAAACUGCUCCCGGAUUCCGCCCUUCUUGACUCCUUGGACGGUGAUAUCCCCACCACCGCCGCCUCCGCCCCUGAAAACGGCGACACCACAAAAUCUAGGCUUAUUACCAUUCUCCACGAGGUUUAUAGAAGAUAUAAACUAUACUAUCAGCAAAUGCAAGCAGUGGUUACAACAUUUGAGUACGCUGCAGGGCUUGGCAAUGCAGCUCCCUAUGCAAACUUAGCCAUAAAAGCCAUGUUUAAGCACUUCAGAUUCUUAAAAAAUGCCAUAGCCGACCAGCUCCAAUUCAACAAGCAGCAGCAGCAGCAGCAACCAAACCCUUACUCUCAAAGAUCCAUUCACAACCACGGUCCCGGAUUCCUCAAUCAUCAACCCGUUUGGCGCCCGCAGAGAGGCCUCCCUGAGAGAGCCGUCACCGUCCUCCGAGCUUGGCUCUUUGAGAACUUCCUUCAUCCUUAUCCUACGGAUACAGAUAAGCUCAUGUUGGCCAACCAGACUGGACUCUCGAGAAGUCAGGUAUCAAACUGGUUCAUCAAUGCAAGAGUGAGACUCUGGAAACCAAUGGUUGAAGAAAUCCACAUGUUAGAAACAAGGCAAGCUCAAAAAUCUCAGCAAAAUGAAGGCAACAACAACAAUAAUAUUGAAAAUAACAAUGCCUUAAACAACAACGAUCCUCUUUCCUCCACAAAUGAAUCCUUACUAAAACCUCACCACAACAAUAAUGCAUCUUCUUCAAACCCCCACCACCCAUCUCUAGAUUUGUCCAACACCAAUUUCUUUCCCACCCACCACCCUCACGCCACCACCGGCAACGUUUCCUUAACUCUCGGCCUCCAACAGAACCACGGCGGCAUCGCUCUCACGGAGCCAUUUCCCAUCAAUGCAGCUCACCAUUUUAACCUUGGCUUAGAAGCCAACGGUGAAGGGUUUGUAAAUGAGUGGUUUUGAUUGAUGCAAAUCAAAAUAUAUGUGGUUUGUUGGCUAAAGAUGUUCAAUUUUGAACAUCAUGGGCAGCUAGGGUUGUUUAAUUCAGACAUUAUAUAUAUAUACUGACAAAUUUUGAGCUACGUUGUAAGAAUUAAUUCUUAUAAUCCGAGGUGAAAUUGGAGUUAAAUCACAUUGUUUGUGUUUCUUUGA